AUGGUGCGCGAAGGAGGCUUCCACCCUUUUAAAGGCAGGGUUAGCAGGCACUUCGGGGAUUCGUUGGCGCCGGAUGAUGCAUAUCUUAGUUACUAUGAUGUUCGAUUGACGAAAGAGGAUGUCGAUACGUUGAAGAAUGACUGGUUGACUGACAAUACAAUUGCCUUCUGGGAAGAAUACCUGGAGCGCGAAGAACUUCGCAAAUACCCCUCCUCCCACAUCGUCCUCCUCCGCCCCUCCAUGGCCUUCAUGCUCAUGCAAACGCCCGACCCGCUCACCCUGAAAGACGCCCUCCCCAACUUCUCCCGCACAACACACAUCUUCCUUCCCAUAAACGACGCGCGCAACGUAUCCGUCGCCGAAGGCGGCAGCCACUGGUCGCUCCUGCUCGUCUCGGUCAUUGACGGUGUAGCCUUCCACUACGAUUCCCUGACCCCUUCUAAUUACAAUGAGGCGAGGCUUGCUACGGAUAAGAUUAGUGUGCUGUUGAAUAGGCCGCUUAGGUUCAUGAAUUUGGAGGAUAGUCCGCAGCAGGAGAAUAGCAGUGAUUGCGGCGUGUACGUUUGUAUCCAGAUGCGGCAUUUGCUGCUUAAGAGGCUGUUGAGCGCCAAUGCGAGGGAGAAGGUGUCGAUGAGUAUGGGAGGCAAGUUGGUGGAUGCGAGUGGGGGGCGCAAGGAGAUGUUGAAGACAAUUGAGGGGUUUAGGAAGGAGGGGGAGAGGAGACGGUCAUACGAAGAUUCUCGCUCUUCCUCACCCUUUGCAAAAGGCAAGACGGACUCCCGGUCUCCUCCUAGAAUCGACUCAUAA